AUGCCUCCCAAGAAGAAAGGUGACAAAUCAGGUAGUGGUGGUGACGAAGACCACUUGACACGCAUUGCUAUCGUGAAGACAGAUAAAUGCAAGCCCAAGAAGUGCAAACAAGAAUGCAAGAAGUCUUGCCCAGUCGUGAGGCUUGGAAAGCUUUGCAUUGAAGUAGGGCCAAAAAGUAAGCUGGCCUUCAUUGCAGAACCUCUUUGCAUUGGGUGUGGUAUUUGUGUGAAGAAGUGCCCUUUCGAAGCAAUCAAUAUCAUCAACCUUCCAAAGGAUCUAGAGAGGAAUACGACGCAUCGAUACGGUCCAAACUCUUUCAAGCUUCACCGUUUACCAAUGCCCAGGCCUGGGCAAGUUCUUGGGCUGGUCGGGACAAACGGUAUUGGAAAAUCCACUGCGUUGAAGAUCCUUGCUGGAAAAAUGAAACCAAACUUGGGUCGUUUUGAUAGUCCUCCUGACUGGGAGGAGAUUUUGGUUCACUUUCGAGGCAGUGACCUUCAGAAUUAUUUCACCAGAAUCCUUGAAGACACAAUGAAAGCAACGAUCAAACCACAGUACGUUGAUCACAUUCCUCGCGCCAUCAAGGGUCAGGUAGAGCAAGUGCUGAGAGCAAAGGAUGACCGCAGUGAAGCUGAAGGAAGAGAUAUUUUCGACUGGGCUACGACUCAAGCAGAAUUGAAGCAUUUGUUGAAGCGUGAUAUUCGAGUUCUAUCUGGAGGUGAAUUGCAAAGGUUUGCCAUAGCGGCUGUAGCUGUACAAGUUAGUGAUGUGUACAUGUUCGAUGAACCCUCUUCAUACCUCGAUGUCAAGCAACGUCUUACAGCUGCGAACAUGAUUCGAGAGAUUUUGGAGAGUAAAGAUGGUGAUAGGCGUUAUGUCUUGGUGGUUGAGCACGAUUUGGCCGUUCUCGACUAUUUAAGUGAUUAUGUUUGUGUUCUGUAUGGUGCACCUGGUGCCUACGGUGUUGUCACCAUGCCUUUCAGUGUUAGGCAAGGUAUUAAUGCCUUUUUGGCAGGAUUCAUCCCUACUGAAAAUCUUCGCUUCCGUGAUGAUGCUCUGUCGUUCAAGGUGUCUGAACGUGCAGAAGCUGGAGAUGUGAAGGACGAUGUGAUGAAACAAUAUUACUAUCCGGACAUGACCAAGACACAAAGAAGAGAAAAAUCCCAGUUUAUCAUGCAUGUUGAUGCGGGUUCGUUCACAGAUUCUGAAAUCAUUGUCCUUCUUGGAGAAAAUGGAACUGGGAAAACAACUUUCGUUAGAAUGUUGGCGGGUUUGUUAAAAAGUGACGAGCAGGUCAAGCUCGAGAAAGAGGGAAUGGAUUAUGAAGCCGCACAAGCUGGAGUUCCUGAUCUCAAUGUGAGCUACAAGCCUCAGAAGAUCGCCCCAAAAUUCGAGGGAACAGUGCGACAACUUCUGCACAAGCGAUGCCGUGACGCAUAUGUGCAUCCUCAAUUUAUUUCUGAUGUGAUGAAGCCUCUCAUGAUUGAGAAUAUCAUUGACAACGGUGUCCAAUCCCUCUCUGGAGGUGAAUUGCAAAGACUGGCAGUCACUCUUGCUCUAGGAAAGCCUGCCGAUGUCUAUCUGAUCGACGAACCAAGCGCUUAUCUUGACUCUGAGCAGCGCAUAAACUGCGCCAAGGUUAUUAAGCGUUUCAUUAUGCACAGCAAGAAAACAGCAUUUGUUGUUGAACAUGACUUCAUUAUGGCUACAUAUCUUGCUGAUCGAGUUGUCGUCUAUCACGGAAGGCCUGGAAUUGAAGCAACUGCAUCUGCCCCUCAAUCGUUGUUGACAGGUAUGAAUCAAUUCCUCAAGAGUCUUCAAGUUACUUUCCGCCGUGACCCUGUGAACUUCCGACCAAGGAUCAACAAGAGGGGCUCCCAGAAGGAUAUGGAACAGAAGAAAAAUGGAAACUACUUCUUUUACGAGGAGGAAGACACUAAUGAUGGAGAUGAUUUUGAUGAUAUUUAA